AUGUUAAUAAGCUAUGAUAAUCUGCGUGCCUUAUUGAACAAUCCACAUGUGAAUAUUGAUUCGGAAUAUGCUUCAUUAACACCGAUUAAUUUCCUCGCUGAACAGAUUACGGACGACAAUUUUGGCAAUUUAUAUCGAUGUAUAACAUUGUUAGUGAGACGCUUUGCGGAUCUAAACAUCCCCGGAAGACGUGAAAUGAGUCCAAUUCUAAGCAUUUUGAAGAAUGACGAAUUGAAUGAUUCAAACAAAAAAUCGGUUGUUACAUUUUUCAUUGAACAUGCCGAUGUUGACAUCGAUACACCUAGAGAAGGUGAAGCAAGAGCCUUGAUAACGGAAUUGUUGCCAGAGUUGCAAUUACCACCGGUACGUGGUCCAGCUACUCAUUACGAUUUCAAUCGUUUGAUAGCAAGUCUUCAGAAUGAAAAUGAAACCGAAUUUUUGCAAGGACUCAACCACAUUGCAGCAAAUACGCCCGAUCAGUUGCCGCAAUUAUUUCAAGCGGUUGAUAAAGACGAAACAUUGAUGGUACGUGCGUGCAAAAAAGGAUUGGCUUCGGCUGUUGAACGAAUGCUACGUUUGGGUGCUGACAUUAACGCGUCAAGUGACAAGUAUCCAAUAAAAAGUGCAUGCAUUUUUGGCAGCUGGAAAGUGUUGGAAGUUUUACUCAAGUCUCCAAAGUUAGAUUUGAAAAAUACAGAUGCCUUACUUUCGAUUAUAGUCAAACAUAUUGGCGAUCGACAGACUCCGAAGCGUAAUUACGAAAAAUGCUUCGAAAUGCUGUUGAACCAUCAAAACAUUGAUAUCAAUCAAAAAGAUUCAAACGAUUGUUCGGCACUUCAUUACGCUGUUAAAUACAACCAGUCCAGUGCAAUUCUUGAUCUUUUAAAACAUGGUGCUUACAUUGGUGGUAAAAAUAUAUCCGAUGAUCUUCCAAUAUCAGACAUCAAUCCAAAAGUGUUUGAAACCCAUUUGGAUACCUGUAUCACAACCAAUGGAGUUCGAGCUGGAGAUGACGAUUUCGAAAUACAAUUCGAUUACACGAAUUUGGUGCCAAUGGAAAUGCGUGAAAGUAAAAAACAACGGCUGGACGUUUGUCCGAAUGAAAUGGAAACUAUUGAAUACAUGUCGAAAUCCGGUGAACUCAGGCAUCUCAUCCGGCAUCCGCUCAUUUCAAGCUUUUUAUUCUUGAAAUGGAACCGACUUGCAUUCAUUUUCUACGUAAAUUUUCUGCUGUGUUUGUUGUUUGCCGCCAGCACCGUUUCGUACAUUUUGUAUUGCUACAACGAAGAGCCACAUUCAGUGGAAAUCAAAAACAUUUUGCGAUGCAUAACAGCAGUACUGUUGAUUUAUAUGACGGUGAGAGAAAUAUCACAGUUCAUAUUUGCGCCGCGUGUUUAUUUAAGAAGUUUGGAAAACUAUUUGGAAUGGGCGCUGAUUGUACUUGUGGUUUGGAUUUUGUUUGAUCUUUGUGAAAACGAAUGGCGUCGAACUGUGGCAGCUACAAUUAUCUUGAUAAUAGCCCUAGAAAUAUUCCUUCUGGCUGGUUCACUACCGUUUUGGUCGUUCUCAACACAUUAUGUCAUGUUGAAAACCGUUACAUGGAGUUUCUUGAAGAGCUUAUCACUGUACGCUAUCAUUUUUAUAGCAUUCUCAUUGUCAUUCUUCACAUUGUUGCGCGAGCAUCCGAAGAAAGACAAUGCAGACAGCAAUCUAGUGGAAACUACAACGAAUAACGAUGGUAAUGGUGACGACGAUGAUGAAGAGUUGAAUAAAUUUAAAAAUCUCGGUUUAUCUAUGAUGAAAACACUCGUUAUGUCAACGGGAGAAUUUGAUGCGGCUAGCAUUAAUUUCCAACACAAUCCAUGGAGCUACUUCAUUUUUAUCGCUUUUCUUUUCAUCAUUUCGACGGUACUUCUUAAUUUGUUGAAUGGUUUGGCCGUUAGCGAUACUCAAGUCAUUAAAUCCGAGGCUGAAUUGACGAAUUUCAUUCGACGAUGUCAAGUACUCUCUCGAUAUGAAAAAGCAUUACUAGAUCCCAACAGUUGGUUCAGUUGCCCUGCGUUCACGAAGUACAUCAGUCGUUCCACAAUCAGUGUGUUCAAAGAUUUGAGACCAGUGUUUAAAGUCUAUGUUAAACCAAAUGCCAAUAACGAGAUAUCUACACCGGUGGAAGUGAAAAGUAGAGACAUCGUGGACGAUGAUUUGCAGACGAUUCAAUGCGAAAAUUGCUUCUCUUGCUUUGGCAAAUGUUCACAAAUGGAAAAGAAGAUAGUGAAACAUGCACUCGCCGUAUUAGAUAAAGCUAAAAUGGAGCAAAUUGAACAAAGUGAAAUUGAAGCUAAACUUGAACUCAUCACGAAUAAACUAAAUAUCCUAUUGAGCCGAUAGAAGCAAUAUUUAAGUAAUUAAUUAAGCAAUGAUGUUCAUUUUUCCCGAAUUUCAACACUUUCACUGACCAAUAUCCACAUGUCUGAAAUGGAAGAAAUAAUGAAGAAACUGCCCAAAUGAACCAUUUGCGGAGAUAUCCAGUGUACAGCGGAGCUGUGCGGAGUUCGGCGGAGAUACCGUACAUACGCUAUACGUGUAUACAAAUCUAAGUAG